GUGUGGGCCCCUCUCAUGCUACAUAGCCAGGAAUACUGCUGAAAUGGAGGAGGGUGGGAGUGCUUGUGGUGACCUGGAUUGAAGCUGAGUGAUGGAUGCUCCAUAAGACACUCAUAGGAUGGUCAAGCCCAUGAUAGGGAUUGCAGAGUUUCAGUGCUGGAAGAUAAAUAACCUUUUCCCAGCUGCCUUCACCACAGGAACUACAGUCUCUAAGGCAGGUCUCCUGGUGUAGAGAGCAGAACUCGUACUGCAAAUCAUGCUGCAAUCCAGGGCAUUGGUGAUAGCUCUGAUUCUGCUCCUUAGCACCACUCUCCCUGAAGUGCAUUCAAAGUCCAUCUUUGAGAAAGACCGUCGUGACUGGUUGGUCAUCCCUGAUGCGAUUGCAGCUUACAUCUAUGAAGCUGUGAACAAGAUGUCCCCUAAAGUCGGUCAGUUCUUGGCAGAUGCUGCCCAGACUCAAGCAGUUGUUGUGACCAGGAACUUCCUCAUCAGAGAAACAACUAAACUCAGUAUACUGGCCGAACAGCUGAUGGAAAAAAUAAAAAACCUGUGGUACACGAAAGUCCUAGGCUACUAACCAGAUGAAGACAAGUCAGUGUCUCCUGAUGUGAAUUGGUAACACCCUGCAGUGUCCUUCUUCCCUCUGCCCCUACUACAGACUGAGAUCAGCCAGUAAAACAGAAUCGAUGCUCCUCUUAAUGCCACCAGAGGGAACACAGCUUCAAAGACCAAAGGAUGGAAGGCAUCUGCUGAAGGCUCUCCUGAAAACAACCCCGCAGCUGGGCAUAGGGACGGCAAUGAGAUUGUACUGCUCUUCUGUAGCCAAAUCCUGAGAAUUAAUUCCUCCUGAAUGGCUUGGCCGUUGUCCCUCUAAUAAAAAAAUAUUGGUUGUUACACUUC